GGUCUGCAGGCAAAGCAGCGGGGAAACCUGGAGCGGAGUUUCUUCAUUUAAAAGUCUCCUCCAGUGCAGGACGCCUCCACACCGAGCCACACGGACACUUUCAGCCGCAGUUGAGUUGCGGUGACGCGGACAUGGCCUCCAUCGUUUGCCGGGUCCAGUACCUGGAGGACACGGAUCCGUUUAUCUGCACAAACUUCCCGGAACCCCGGAGACCUCCGACGGUGAACGUGGAGGAGAACCUGCCGCUCAGUGAGCAGAUCGCCGGGAUACACAAGCUGCUGGAGGCGCCUCUGAAGCUGGAGGAGUGCACCCUUCAACUGGCUCCACAUGGAAACUAUUUGGACCUGGACUCGUCGAUGGCCGAGCAGAGAGACGAGCUGGAGAGCUUCUAUGAAGACAUAGC